AUGAGUUUCACCAACCCCAUAAUCCCUGGCUUCAACCCAGACCCCUCCAUCGUCCGGGUAGAUCAUGACUUCUUCCUCGUGACUUCAACAUUCGAAUAUUUCCCCGGCGCCCCGAUAUACCACAGCCGUGAUCUUAUACAGUGGUCUUUGAUUGGUCAUGCUUUGACGAGACCCUCCAAGUUUCAAAUCCAUACGCCGGAGCCUGGGGGUGGUGUGUGGGCUACGACGAUUCGGUACCAUCGCGGUGUUUUCUACAUAGUUGCUGCUAGUUUCCAGCGGUAUAGACCCCAACAGGAUGAUCGGGUUUGGCCUCAGGGAUUCUAUGUAAAGACAACUGAUAUCUGGGAUGAUGAUUCGUGGUCUGAUCCAAUUUACUUUGAUCAGGUUGGGUUUGAUCAGGAUCUCUUUUGGGAUGACGAUGGGACUGUGUAUUUGUCGUCUACCUAUCGUAAACUCCAACCAACGCCCGGUGCUAAGCUCAAAGAUUUUGCCAUCCACAUCUGUACCGUGGAUCUGCCUACCGGACGUUCGACCUCGGAGCCCAAGUUGAUUCGUGAAUCAUCUUCCGGCGUUGCAGAAGGGUCUCAUAUCUUCAAGCGCGAUCGUUACUGGUACUUGUUUACGGCAGAAGGAGGCACUGAGAGUGGCCAUAGCGAAUGGGUUUGUCGCAGUGAGAGUGGACCACUUGGACCCUGGGAAGUUGGGCCAAACAAUCCGCUCUGGCUCAAUGGUGUGGAGGAUGAAGUGCAAAACACCGGCCAUGCUGAUUUGGUCGAAGGUGUCAAUGGGCAGUGGUGGGCAGUGCUUCUGGGUGUGCGACCUAUGCGGCGAGGCAAAGAAUGGGAAGAAUCGGUGCUAGGACGCGAAUCAUUUCUCGUUACAGUCGAGUGGCACAACGACUGGCCGGUUUUUAACGGGGGUGAGAAGAUCACACUCCAGUCUGUCGGGCCAGGUCUUUAUCAACAUGUAAUUCCCGUCUCUUGGAGAGAUGAUUUCACCGGCCCCAAAAUGCAACUGGGAUGGUAUCGCAAGAAUACGCCUUUCACGGUCGACUAUUCACUCACUGAGCGACCUAACUAUCUCCGCCUCUAUGGUGGACCUUACAACCUUUCCGUUCCCGCUUGUCCCACAUUGCUGCUACGUAAACAAGCUCACCGCCACUGUACUUGGGAGACGGAGUUGACCUUUGAGCCGACUUCCGAGUACACAGAAGCAGGCACGGUUUGCUGGUGGAACUAUUUCACCUAUAGCAGUAUCGGCAUUCGGAAACGAGGUGACGGUCGAAUAAUUCGUUUUCAGCCAUCAGAAGCCAUGAGUAUACCCCUGGAUGUCGAGGACGGCGACAUGUCCCCCGAACAACCAGGUUCCGGCCUCAGUUCGGACCUCCUGACUCGUCUAGCCGAGUCCGCUCCACCCUCAUACCUGCAGCUGGCCGAAAGUGACAGCGACUCAGCGUAUGGUGACGACUCACUCCUAAUAGAUGACACUCAGAGUCUAUCGGACCACAUGACGGCGUAUCGGUUCGAGUUUGGGCGACGGUACCACGCUUUCAGAGACGGUGCUUACUGGGGACCCAACGAUGAUAGUGCCAACGAGCAGCAGAACCUCGCGCAUGAUAUGUAUCUAAUUACGCUUGAUGGGAAACUGCAUCUAGCUCCCUUGCGACAACCACAGGUAUUUUUGUACUGCAUGACACCAUCCGCUCGGCUUCUGAUUGGACAGGAAAUCCUCGAUGUUGGUACUGGAACGGGGAUAUGGGCUAUUGACAUGGCCGAUCAAUACCCAAGCGCCCAGGUGACCGGCGUGGAUCUGUCACCAAUCCAACCGAACUUCGUACCGCCCAACUGUACAUUCGAAGUCGAUGAUAUGACAAUGCCAUGGACAUACGAACCAGAAAGAUUUGACUUUAUCCAUGUUCGGGAGCUGUUUGGAUGUAUACCCGAUUGGAAUCAUUUUUUCCAGGAAUGCAUGAGUGCGCUAAAGCCUGGGGGCCAUAUCGAAGUCGUUGAACAUUCUGUCGCACCCGUGGCCGAUGAUUCGACUAUGGGUUCCGACCAUUUCUUUCACAUGUGGGGAGAAACAGCUCUUCAAGCCGGACAGAAGUUCGGCAAGAGCUUCACGAUCUGGGAAGAGAGUGCCGAUCGGUUACGGAAUCUUGGCUUUGAAGAAGUCGUGGAGCACCGGUAUAAAUGGCCGAUGAAUGGGUGGAGCGAUGACCCAAAACUGCAUAAGUUAGGGCGAUUCAACCAAUUUCGACUCGAUAGUGGGAUCGAAGGCUUCAUGCUUCGGCUUCUCACCACGGUAUUGGAAUGGCCCUAUGUACAGGCCCAAGUGUAUCUGGCAAAGAUGCGCUCCAGUAUCCGUGAUUAUAAGACCCACGCUUACCUCCCGGUCUCUGUGGUGACUGCCCGAAAACCUUUGGAUGCCCCCUGA